AUGACGAUCCUCCGUGGCACAUCUGGUCAAAAGUUGGCACUUCUUAUAGAUGGAAAGUGUUUAAUGUAUGCAUUAGACCCAAGUCUGAGGUCAAUUUUGCUUAACUUGAGUUUGAACUGUAAUUCAGUUGUCUGCUGUCGUGUUUCUCCUUUACAAAAAGCACAGGUGACAAGAUUGGUGAGAAUAGGGGCGAAUAAAAUAACACUAAGCAUCGGUGAUGGUGCGAAUGAUGUAGGAAUGAUUCAAGCAGCAAACAUCGGAGUCGGAAUAAGCGGUCUAGAAGGAAUGCAAGCAGUAAUGGCAAGUGACUUUGCAAUUGCUCAAUUCCGGUUUCUAACAGAUCUUCUCCUUGUUCAUGGAAGAUGGUCUUAUCUCAGAUUAUGCAAAGUCGUUUCCUAUUUUUUCUACAAAAAUCUCACAUUCACAUUGACUCAAUUCUGGUACACUUUCAACACCGGAUACUCGGGUCAAAGAUUCUACGACGAUUGGUGUCAGUCUCUAUACAACGUCAUCUUCACCGCCCUCCCGGUUGUCAUUGUCGGACUCCUCGACAAGGAUGUGGGGGCGGAGCUUUCGAAGAAGUAUCCGCAGUUGUAUAAAGAGGGAGUGAAUAAUAGUUUUUUUAAUUGGAAAGUUGUUGGGAUUUUGGCUUUGAUUUCGGUUUAUCAAUCGAUAAUUGUGUAUAAUUUUGCGGUGAUUUCGAGUACUGCGGGGUUGACUUCGUUGGGGAAAAUGUUGGGGCAGUGGGACGUUAGCACAACCGCGUUUACGUGUCUUGUCAUAACCGUCAAUUUGCGGCUUUUAAUGAUGUGUAGUACGGUUACGAGGUGGCAUAUUAUAAGCAUUGGUGGGAGUGUGUUGUUGUGGUUCAUAUUCAUUUUUAUAUAUGCCAUCGUUUUUGUAGAUAAGGGGACUUAUUUUAGUAUUUAUGUGCUGAUGAGCACCAUCUACUUCUAUCUGAUGGUCAUUCUUAUUCCCACUGUUGCACUUUUAUUGGACUUCGUAUACCAAGGGUUUCAGAGAUGGUUAUACCCGUACGAUUAUCAGAUUGUUCAAGAGAUACACAGAGAUGAGGCAGAUACGGUUGGUGCGGGAUUGCUUGAUAUAGGCGGCCAACUGAGCCCAGAAGAUGAAAGAAAGUAUGCAUUUGCGAUGCUACCAAAGGAAAAGUCAAAGCACACUGGUUUUGCGUUUGACUCGCCAGGGUACGAGUCGUUUUUUGCAACACAGCAAGGAGUGGUUGCACCACAAAAGGCUUGGGAUGUGGUUCGAAGAGCUAGCAUGAAACCAAAGGAAAAGAAACCUUUACUUGGUGAGCAUCACUAG